UAUGGGGAAACCCAUCAACGGCUAAUGUUUACACAAAAGCAACAUCGUGAUAUUUAUUUGUGGAGAUUUCUGUGAGAAAUGCGUGAUCUUUCUCAUUAUAAAUUCCGUUUCAGUCUCUCUGUGUACUCAGUACCGUGCAAACAUUGAAUAGUGAAGGAAAUCAUUUUUUUUCGUGCGCGCAAAUUGGCUAAAAAUCGUGAAUUCUGAUUUGUUUGUAGUGACUGAUAUCGUGAACGAUGGCUAUGAUGGAAAAGCGCAAUGGAGUGCUCAAUACGCGAAAUUUUAUUCUACGUGGGAUGUGUGCGAUGUACUUGAUUGCCUUCCUGUCGUUCUACUAUCAAAAUGAAGGACUCUUCGGUGACGACGGCAUCCUUCCGGCUAGGAUCCACAUCAGCAAUACAGCCAAGAUUACGGCAAUGCAGAAACGCCCAUCUCUGCUGCAUUUUGCCUACUACUUGGGCAUCGAUACAGCCUCAAUGGUGGACUUUUUGACUCUUGCUGGAAUUCUCAUUUCAUUUGUUGGCUUCAUCUCCCAAAAUUUCUGCCUCAUGUCCACAUUUGCUGCUCUCUGGGCCCUCUACUACUCCCUCACGCAGGUUAUGCAGGUUUUCUCCAAUCAGGCGGAUUUGUUGCUCCUCGAAGCGGGGGCGUUGUGUCUCCUCUUGACGCCUAUCAGUGAGGUUCGUCGGGAGACACCAACAGAUCGCAUUGGACUCCUCAUGCUGCGUUGGCUCCUCUUUCGCUUUAUGUUUGUCUCCGGUGGGGUGAAGUUGUCCACUUCGUGCCCUCACUGGUGGAGUUUGACUGCUCUUGAGAGGCACUUUGAGACCCUUCCUCUGCCUACACCGCUUGCUUGGUACGCUCAUCACUUACCGUCGCACUACAAUCAACUGGGAACGGUGUUUACGAAUCUCAGUGAACUCCUUGUGCCGUGGCUCUUCCUGUCGCCACUUCUCUCCAUGCGAACUGUUGCAUUCUACUGGCACAUGUUCCUGCAGUUUCACAUCAUUAUCACGGGAAAUUAUGGCUUUCUGAACUUCCUCAUUGUUGUCCUGCUGUUUGCCCUUCUGGACGAUACGCACUUCAUCAAACCCAAGGAGUCUGCAUCGAAGAAACGCAUGAGGACGCUCUUCAAGGCAAUUGUUUUCCUGGCCAUUGGAUACGCGGGGUACUACAUCUAUGGGAUUGGCUUCAAGAAUGGGCAGUUUACGUUCAAGUUGAAAUUCAAGAAAGCCGAAUAUGAUCAUUUCUUCUCGAGCGCUUUGAGGAUCUCACCACUCUUACCGCUCGUUGGGCUGAUUGUGACCUUCAUGUACGAAAUGAUGGGACACCCGUCGAUACGUCGUGCCAGAUCACUCCUCGGAAAGUUCGUCACCAUCCUCACGACUUCCUUCUUCCUUGUCUGCUGCAUUGGGCUCAUUGGGAUGUCCACUGUACCCCAUCGCAGUGCCCAUCGUGAUGCAAACAUCAGUAGUACGGAGAUUGGGCACAUGUACAGCAAAUUUCAACAUCUGAGUCUCGUCAACACGUAUGGGCGCCAUUUGCGGGCGAUGCGUCCAGUGCGUCAUGAGGUGAUCUUUGAGCAUGCCAACAACAUUGAAGGUCCCUGGCAUGAGUAUGAGUUUGCAUACAAACCGGGGAAUGUUAACUACUCCCUCCCAAUGGCUGGGCCCUACUUGCCGAGGCUUGAUUUUCAAUUCUACGACGUUGCCGGGUCAACAAUUAGCAAACAAACCUGGAUCUAUGCCUUCGCCUUACGUCUUCUUAACAAUGAGUCCAGCGUAAGGAAGCUUCUCAGCGCAAGGAAUUUCCCACAUAAACCGCCAAAAUUCGUUCGUGCCACCCUGUUUGAGUAUCACUACACCCCAUGGGCUGAGCACAACAAUUUAGCUUACUGGACACGGCAUUCCGUUGGGGAAUUCCUCCCACCAUGCUCAGUGGACGAUGCAACGCUCCAGGCUCGCCUGAAGGCCCUCAAAAUCCCCCUAAAAUACAACAUACCUCCCGUCACUAAUACAAUCUUAAAGGACGCCCUCCUGUUUAUUCGCAAUCAAACAACCCUUAUUGAGGGAAGUUUCUUCGUUUUCACCUUCCUAGCACUUGGUUUUGCCAUCAUUGCCACCAAUCGACGUAGAGAUUAAUUUACAUUUUCCACCAUUAACCCCGUUUACCAAAUAAGUGGGUCAAAGUAAGUUAAAUUAUUUCCGUAUAUCCUAAAUUUCACAAAUGUUACUGAAAAAAAUUAUUUGUCACAAAAAACCGGAUUUUUGACUAUUUUCCAAAAUUAUCUCAUACCUGAGGAAGAUGGGGAAGAUCUCCAGAAUGUCGUAUGACAUGAAUCAAGGGGGGUCUCUUUAGGGAAUCGGUGAAAUUAAAUGUUUUUAAUUACAGAAGUGUAAGAAAAUCACACCGCCAUCUUGUGGUUUUCCUCAAAACACAAAGGUAGGUUUUUCUCAGGAUCUACUGGAUGGAUUUUGAUGGGGUAAAAAGCAAAUGAAAAAGAAAGCAUUAGCGGAGAAUGUACCGGAAUAAAAUUUUGAAUUUCUACUCGGAAGCUGAGAAAAGUAGAUAAAUAUUCUUAUUGACUUUUCUCAGCUUCUGAGUCGAAAUUCAAAAAUCUGUUCCGGUACAUUCUUUGCUAAUCCUUCCUCUUUCAUUUGCUUUUUACCCCACCAAAAUCCAUUCCGUAGAUCCUGAGAAAAACCUACCUUUGUGUUUUUGGGCAGUUCUGUGUCACUGCUGUCAGAGCAUUGAUUAUUUGAUGACAGAUUGACAGCUGAAAUUCGAUUUUUAAUUUGUUUGUGACUCACUUCACUCACAGUCUCCUCCCACUCACUAUUAAUAGGUUAAAAAAUGUGAGAAAAGGCAAGCCAUUGAAGAAAUACUCAAAUCGGCAUUAAAAUGUGAUUUUUAAAGCACAGAAUCUUUUUGGAAAAUUUGAAAGUCUUGUCAUUUGUUUUGUAGUUCCAAAGAGAAGAGAAAGAUUUUUUUUUUUAAUAUAAAUAACAUUGCACUACGUUAGGGUAUAUAAAAUCGUUUAGCUGAGUUGUUAAAUACUAAAAUCUCCAAAAAAAAUUAAAGUGAAACGUCGCUGUAUUUAUACCUUUGACUGCCAUUUGAAGGUCACUUUCCUUACGAAAAAUUCCAGUCACAAAAAAAUCUUGCUCAUUAUAUUUUAUUAAGUAAUAAAUUAUGGCAAAUGUGGAAGAAAUAUCUUUUUUUAUUCAUAAUUAAUUAAUUAAUUUUAUCUUAAUACGAAAAAUGCUUGAGCGUCUCACUUCACCCCAGUCUCCGCUAUUCACCAAAAAUGCGUAAAAUUUUCUUUCAUGAGAUCUCAUCUGUAGAAUUCAUUUUCUUCCAUAUUAAAAUAAUUUUAUUAUGUAAUAAUAAAAAAAACUUUUUAAAAUAUUAAAGAAAAUGUCAUAAAAGCUUUAAGUUAGAUUAAAAAAAAAAUUAAAAAUCUCAUUUGUAUUAAGUACAUAAUCUAUGUUUACAAUUAAGCAUGGUUUUUCUUUUGGGAAAUAAUUCAAUAUGGAGGAUACAAUUCAGGCAGAUUGGCAAACCUAAAUCCUACAAAUUGCCGAUAUUUUCCAAUUCUUUUCUGUAAAAUUGAAAAAUAUUUUACAAGACAAUAAGAAGUUCAAAAUUAUUCAGAAUUUCCCUACAAUUUAACUCUUAGAAUGCCACAAAAAGCACAAAAAUUUACCGAAACUAAGAAAAUUUUCCUAACCUAAAAUUAAUCAUUUCCUUCUCUUAAUUAAACCUCUAAUCCUUUUUCCCUCAACGUUUUUAUUCUGGAAAUUAAUUUUUGAUCUCUUCCCCUUAUUUGCUCAUUUUCUGAACGAUAAUUUGCUUAAAUUUUCACAUAGAUCUCAAAUCUUUCUAAUUACAAAUUAAUCUGCCCAUAAUGUUUCUGCCGCGUCUGCCUGAAGUUUGCUGCAUUUAAACUAAUUUUAUAAAAUUUAAAUAUAAACCGUCUUUCACAAAUGUUUCAAAUUAAAAUUAGAAGCUUGCCAUUGUAAUCAGAAUGUUUAUUGGAACAAUAAAGGAAAAGAAAAGAAAUAAUAUUCAUUUCCCAUAUCAAAGUUUCCCCGCGUAGUGCCCAUAAAUAUUUCCUUGAUCACCUCUGUUUAAGCAAAUUGUAAUUAAUUUUGUGUGUAAACAAUAAUAAAUAAAUAAAUUGAUAA